AUGGGCAAGGAAGAUGGUACGGCAUCUAGCACCCAAACUGUUGUGGAUUUUACGCAUCCUCUAUAUCUUCAUCCGUCCGACACUCAGUCGGUCACAUUAGUAUCUCAAGUAUUGCGAGGAGCUGAAAACUAUGAGGUUUGGAGCCGGUCAAUCACCCUUGCUCUGCUGGCCAAAAACAAAAUGGGGAUUAUUGAUGGCACAUGUACCAGAGAAGAUCAAGAUCCCCAUCUCUGUGAUCUCUGGGAUAGGUGCAACGCGAUUGUUUUAUCCUGGCUAAUCAACUCGGUGGACAAGCAGAUAGCCACCAGCAUCGUGUUUUCGAAUAGCGCUAGACUCGUCUGGCUCGAUUUAAAGGAUCGUUUUCAUAAGGCUGAUGGCAUGCGUAUUUUUACUCUGCAUAAGAUGAUUAACUCAAUCAUCCAAGGCACUAUGAACGUUUCAGAAUACUACACAAAACUAAAAGAUCUCUGGGAGUAG